AUGAACAACAACUAUAAUUAUAUGUUCAAAUUCAUAGUAGUAGGAGACGCAUGUAACAUAAUCAUUAAAAUUAUUUAAGUUGUAGGAAAAACUUCUUUAUUGUUGCAAUUUUAAUAAAAAGAAUUUUGUGAAGAUACUUAAAGCACGGUAAGCAUCGAAUUUCGCCAGAAAACAAUAACUUUAAAUGAUUAAUCGAUAAAACUGCAAGCUUGGGACCCAGUAAGAAUAAUAAUUAAAAUAUGAAAGGCAGGUUUUACUUAGUUCUUAUCGAUGGAAAAAUUUUAUUAUAAAGGAGCGAUUGGAGCAUUGCUUGUAUUUGAUUUUAGUAGAAGAUCAACAUUCGAGGACAUCAAAUUUUGGUUAAAUUAAAUAAAGACUUUUGCUUGUGAUAAGAUUGAAUUAGUACUUGUUGGCAAUAAAUCUGAUUUAUCAAAGAAACAUGUAACCAUUUAAGAAGUUGAAGAGUUUGCGAAAUAAGAAAAAUUAGAUUUUUAUGAAACUUCAGCUAAAACAGGUAAGAACGUAGAUAUUGUCUUUGAAAGCUUAGCUAGUAAAAUUUUAAGAAAAAUUGAAACAAAAUAAAUUAAUGUUGAUGAUUAAGUAAAUAAUUGAAUUAACAUAGAUGUUAGGAAUUAAGGUAAACAAUAAUUAUGGAAAAAUGAAAAAAAAUAAUAAAUCUCCAUAAUAAAAUAUAACAUUGAAUGGAAAAUAAAAUGAUGAAGAGAGGAACGAAAAAUAAAGAUGUUGUUGA